UCCUACACUGGGUAGACAGUUAAAGCAAAUCUGAAGCUUUCAGAACCAAAUAAUUACUGGGUAUUGGCCACAUCUGGAAUAUGGAGUGGGUAUUUUGGGGUUUGGCGGCUGUUUGUGCUGGUUUAGUUUGGUUUCUGCUCAAAAUUGCAACAACGAUAUGGUGGAAGCCUCUGCAACUGAAAAAGUACUUUGAAGCCCAAGGAAUAAGGGGCCCUCCAUACAGACUAUUCUAUGAGAAUUCUACAGAUAUAACUAGAAUGAUCGAUGAGCAGAAAUCCAAACCCAUGCCACUCUCACAUGACAUACUCCCUCGAGUUCUUCCCCAUUUACAUCAGUGGGCCAAAACCUACGGUCAGGAUUUUAUUUUCUGGUUUGGGCCGAAUCCCAGGUUGGUUGUUCCCCACCCUGAGCUUAUUAAAGAGAUAUUGUCCACUAAAUUUGGCAACUAUCCAAAGCCUCCAGAUAAUCCCCUUUCAAGACAAUUGGUUGGACAGGGACUUGUGGGGUUGAAAGGUGAGAAAUGGGCUCAGCACAGAAGAUUCAUCAAUCCUGCUUUCCAUAUGGAUUUGUUGAAGGUGGGAAUGAUCAUAAAUGAGGCCUUGAGACUUUAUCCACCUGCAGUGUUCCUCUUGCGACAGGCAUGUGAGCCAAUGAAACUUGUGCUUCCGAUCCUUGCAUUCCACCAUGAUCCUGCUUUGUGGGGAAAUAAUGCCAAUGAUUUUGACCCAGGGCGAUUUAGCGAAGGAAUUGCAAAGGCUACAAAACAUCCAAUGGCAUUCAUGCCCUUUGGAUUAGGUCCAACAAUCUGUGUGGGUCAGAAUUUUGCCUUGUUGGAAGCAAAAUUAGUGCUGGCUAUGAUUCUGCAAAAGUUUUCUUUUGUCACUUCACCUUCUUAUACUCAUGCUCCUUUGCAAUUUCUCACUCUACGACCUCAAUACGGAGCUCAGGUUAUCUUCCACGUAGACUAA